CCUAAGACUUUUGGACAGUACUGUACUAAAUGCAAAAGUUGUCCUCACCUCCACUUGUUUUAACCUUAGUGUUUUGUAAUGUGAAAUUGGAUUUCUCCUAAAACUUGUCUGUAUCUUAAAUAUUCCCCACUGGGAGGCGUCAUGUUAACAUGCAGAGGGCAAACGAAGAUUUUAUACCCAUUAACUCUACAUAACUUCAAACAUAAAUAGCAUGUAAUUUGAAAAUAAAUAACAUGUAGCUUUUAUACAUAAUUUAGCUAUUUAUUUAACAUAUUUAUUAUUUACUUUUCAUUUAACUUACUUAAUUAUUAGUAGAGCCUACAUAGAAUGCUACACUAAGUUUACUGCACUUCAGGAGGCUCGCAUUUGAAAUCUGCUUGAGUAAUACUACGUUAGAUGUAGUGAGUCAUUAGCUGUUGACAUCAGAGCAUGUUCUGCUGAAACUCCUCCUCACUUUCCACUUACGGUCGUUGAUCCUCUCGUUUAAAAGUUAUGGGCUGUGCGUAAAAGUCCGGCUUCCAUAUAAGUAUGGAGCCUAAUUCUUCUCUGCUGUGAUACAUCAUUUUCCUCAAAUACACUUCAACCAGCACAAAAUUACGCCAGGUUGGAUAAUACAGAAAAAAGUGUUUUAUGGCAUCAGAACCGAAAAACGACAGUUGCCAGGAGAGCCUCACUGUCUCUGAUGGAUCUCCCACAACAUCUGCGAUCAUGUUUUCCGCCGGUGUCCUUGGGAAUGUGGUCGCAUUAAUUCUCUUGGAAAUACGGCGGAGGAAACAUCCCGCAUCUUUGUUCCAAGUUCUCGUCACAUCUUUGGUCAUCACAGAUUUGCUGGGAACUUUCUCCGUCAGUCCUCUAGUUUUAACUGCGUACUUGAGGAAUGAGUCUUUGAUCGGGAUGAAUGAAAAACGAUUCGUUUGCGGCCACUUUGGAUAUGCGAUGACAUUUUUCAGUAUGGUCACUCUCGCUAUUCUUCUUUCCAUGGCUGUGGAGCGCUGGCUCUCCAUAGGAUAUCCUUACUUUUAUGAGAAGCGCUUGAGUAAACGCUGCGGGUACAUCACCAUAGCUCUCAUUUACUUGCUUUGCGCUCUUUUCUGUGUCACACCUUUCCUCGGUUUUGGGAAGUAUGUUCAAUACUGUCCGGGUACGUGGUGCUUCAUUGACAUGGACCCAUCUACGCUCAAGCACAAAGUGUUCAAUAUCAUCUACGCGACUUGCUUGCUCUUCAUGAUUAUAUGUACAGUUUUGUGCAACGUGUCCGUCAUCUAUCAUCUUUCACUUAUGAACCGAAGACGCAAGGCGCACCAGAGCUCUAUCCAACGGCAGCGAGGACACAAGAGGCAUCGGUCCAUCACGAAGGAGGUAGAACAUCUGGUGCUGCUCGGGUUCAUGACCAUAGCAUUCGUCAUUUGCUCUCUUCCUCUCGUGAUUCAAGUGUACUUGAGGUACACUUCCAACCAAGAAAGUCACAAAAAUGAUCGCAUAUCCCUUCUUUUAGUAUCGGCCAACCCCAUCAUAGACCCCUGGGUCUUCAUCAUCCUCAGUCCCCCAGUGCCUCGUCUGCUCUGGAACAAGAUAUGUAAGACCGCAAAGUCCAAACCGACGCAGGAGAAGGUCCGCAGCAUUCAUCCAGUCAUGUAUCAGUCAAGCCCUCCUGGAGAUUCAGAAGGAGGGAAUUUUCUGAAAGUUUACACGGGAAUUCCAGGAACUGCUGGCUCCUGAUCUCUAAAACCUCUCUAUCUUCGUGGGAAAGAUUAUGGAGUGGUUGCUCAUCCAUGUUAUGAAAAUAACGGAUGCAGAAGUUUCGGGUCACUGGAUACCUGAACUGAAGGAUAUGAUACCUGAGGGUGAAAGAGCACCUGUAAUAUCAUGGAGAAUAUAAAAGCAAAUAAAAUUUAUUUAUUGUCUUUAUUUAUGGAGAGAAAAAACAUUUUUUGUUGCACAGAAAAUGUUUAUUUACCAGGAAGCCUAUUGGUAAAUAUAUAUAAAAACAUUUACAGGCUGAAAUGAACCCGUACUGUACUUCCUGUUUCAACUGCAUGUGGAAUGCGGUUCUCUUCCUUUGUGUGACUUCAUGCUUCAUCAGUUUUGUUUUCUGCGUUGCGUUGCAAAUAUAUGCAGGACUGAAUCAUGUCAUAGCAAGUCAGUUCAUUGUGAAAGAACCUAACCACUUAAAUCGCCAAACUGUGUAACAGUCCCAUGACUGAUGACAGUCAUUUGGAGAGGAAUUAAAGCAGGCUAAACUGAGGAAAUAAAAGUUUGUUUUGGAUCA